GCUCCCGCCCGGGACCGCAGCGGCCGGCGACGUCGCGGCCACCUCCGCUGCACCCUCACUUCUGCCACUUGGGAGCAGGCAUCCACUCCUUCCCUGUCUCCCUUUGUCCGGUCCCCCCAUCCGCCCCCUCCCCCAUCUCUUCUCCCACCCCUUGUCCUGCGGACCCCUGUCCCCGUCCCCGACCCCGUCCCUCUUCCUGUGUUCCUGCUCCUGUGCCUCUAGCCAGCUGGCUGCGCACACCUCGGGCGAUCGGCACCCGUGCUUUCUGAGGGUGAUCUGUACCCGGUGCUCCCCGCUCUCUCCUUCAGCUCCAUCUCACCGCGCGCCUGGCCUCUUGCUCGCCGGCGGCGCCCUGCUCCCAUCCCGAGUGGGUUGCGCGCCGGGCCGCCGCCUGGUCAUGUCAGGAUGGAGAUCCGGCAGCACGAGUGGCUCUCGGCCUCCCCCCACGAGGGCUUCGAGCAGAUGAGGUUGAAAAGCCGCCCCAAAGAACCCUCGCCCAGCCUGACCCGAGUGGGCGCGAACUUCUACAGCAGUGUCAAGCAGCAGGACUACAGCGCCAGCGUCUGGCUCCGGAGAAAAGAUAAGCUGGAACAUUCCCAGCAGAAGUGCAUUGUGGUCUUCGCCCUGGUCUGCUGCUUUGCCGUUCUGGUCGCGCUGAUAUUCUCAGCCGUGGACAUCAUGGGAGAAGAUGAGGACGGACUCUCAGAGAAAAAUUGCCAAAAUAAAUGUCGAAUUGCCCUAGUGGAAAACAUUCCUGAAGGCCUUAACUACUCUGAAGAUGCCCCCUUUCACUUGCCGCUUUUCCAAGGCUGGAUGAACUUACUCAACAUGGCCAAAAAAUCAGUUGACAUAGUGUCUUCCCAUUGGGACCUUAACCACACCCACCCAUCAGCAUGUCAGGGUCAACGUCUCUUUGAGAAAUUGCUCCAACUGACGUCGCAAAACAUCGAAAUCAAGUUGGUGAGCGACGUGACCGCUGAUUCAAAGGUAUUAGAAGCCUUGAAAUUAAAGGGAGCUGAGGUGACAUACAUGAACAUGACCGCCUACAACAAGGGCCGGCUACAGUCAUCCUUCUGGAUUGUGGACAAGCAGCAUGUGUACAUGGGCAGCGCGGGUUUGGACUGGCGAUCCCUUGGGCAGAUGAAAGAACUUGGUGUCAUCUUCUACAACUGCAGCUGCCUGGUCCUAGAUUUACAAAGGAUAUUCGCUUUAUAUAGCUCAUUAAAAUUCAAAAGCAGAGUACCUCAGACCUGGUCCAAGAGACUUUACGGAGUCUAUGACAAUGAGAAGAAACUUCAACUCCAGUUAAAUGAAACCAAGUCGCAAGCCUUUGUGUCGAAUUCUCCCAAACUCUUUUGUCCUAAAAACAGAAGCUUUGACAUCGAUGCCAUCUACAGUGUGAUUGAUGAUGCCAAGCAGUACGUGUACAUUGCUGUCACGGACUACCUGCCUAUCUCCAGUACCAGCACAAAAAGGACAUACUGGCCAGAUUUGGACGGGAAAAUAAGAGAAGCAUUAGUUUUACGAAGCGUUAAAGUCCGGCUCCUCAUUAGCUUCUGGAAGGAGACUGACCCUCUCACAUUUAACUUCAUUUCGUCUCUUAAAGCUAUUUGCACUGAAAUAGCCAACUGCAGUUUGAAAGUUAAAUUUUUUGACCUGGAAAGAGAGAAUGCAUGUGCAACAAAGGAACAAAAGAACCAGACCUUUCCCAAAUUAAACCGCAACAAGUACAUGGUGACUGACGGAGCAGCUUACAUUGGAAAUUUUGACUGGGUAGGGAACGACUUUACCCAGAAUGCUGGCACGGGCCUUGUCAUCAACCAGGCAGAUGUGAGAGACAAUGGAAGCAUCAUUAAGCAACUUAAAGAUGUGUUUGAAAGAGACUGGUAUUCACCUUAUGCCAAAUCCUUACAGCCAACCAAACAGCCGAACUGCUCAAACCUGUCCAAACUCAAGCCUCCCUCCAACCAACCUGCCACUUACAACACCACCGGGAGGGAGCCCUUGAGUGCAUAGCUGGCUGACAGACAAGCAAGGCAGCAGACCUAAUGCAGAAAGGACUAGAGGAAGGAUAACAAUUUACUACGUCUUUUUUUAAGGAGAAAUAAAAAGCACACUUAUUAAAAAUAUUCUCUGAAUGACAUGUAAUAUCUAGCUAACAACAUCUUGGCACCAUAUAUUAAAUUUAAGCCUUUUGUAUCUAUGAGCUCUAACAGAGAAUGUCAUUCUGGCAUUGUAGGAGUUAGUUUUUAACAUCAGCAUACAGAUUUUAAGACUCGGUUCUUAUCUCCUAUUUCUUACUGGUUUUAGAACCUUUUCUGCUGGCCCAGCUGUACAGGUUUUAGAUCGAGGUUAGCCCUAUCCUUUAAUACUGCUGAAUCCUGGAGUUAGAGGAAGGCAGGAGAUGGUAAAGGCAGACCCAACUUUCUGCCCUAAUAAACCAUCUCCAAGUCCUACUCAGGCAGCUGAACACAGACACCCUCAUCUCAUGCCAGUCUUCAGGACUCCUGAAAAACACCCAGCUUUAUUCCCUUGUCUUCUGAUACCACAGAUUCUCUUUGGUAUCAGUCUAUCUUGUUCUGUAGCAUCCCUGUAUUCACCUCAGCACUAGUUCAAAAUGUGAGAAUAUCUUUGGGAAAGGUAUGAAUUCCCCAGAAUGCAUACAAUAUAGAAAUAGCAGUCUUUCAUUUUCACCUUUCAACUACAUUCUUCUUCCCUCCCAAACUGGUCAUUUUAAAAACCACAGUCAGGUAUCUCAUAUGUAUGUACAUAUAUGUAUGUAUGUAUGUAUGUGCAUAUAUAUAUCUUAUAUAUGCAUACUUUCCUCAAGCUUAGAAAAAUGAAGUGCCCCUGCUAAUGUUCAGCAAACCAUUAAGUCUGCGUUUAGAGAAAAAAACUGCUUCACAUUUGUGUCUGGUUAACAGUAUUACAAAGGAAAGGUCUCUAUGCGUCGGUGGAUUUUAAUUUAUUUAGAAUUAUUAUGCUAUUAAGAGUAUGCCAGCAAAUGUUUAUAGAGCUAUUUAAUAUACCUUCUGCUAUUUAAUAUACCAAAUGCUUUUCAGACAAAUGCAAUUUAAAUACUGUGCUUAACAUAUUUUACUAAGAAACAGAAAUAUUGGAUUAUUGUUCUAUAAUGUCAUUGUGUGUUGUUGUUUUAUAUCUCUACAAUAUAUAAUCCUGUAUUAAUGAAGACUGUUGCUACAUGAGAGAGGUGUGACCUCUUCAGAACCUAGAGCAAGUGGAUAAGAUGCCCACACCCACUCUGGCUCCUGCCACCAAACUCAGAACAGAGUCCUUCACUCUUUGGCCUCGGGUUUCUAUAGUUAACAUAGAGACAAUAAUACUCACCUACCUCGCAAGGAUGCUGUCAUGGUAGGCGAUAUUUAUAAGUUGUUUUUUGAAAUCAAAAGAACCUAUAUAAAUGCUAAGCAUUA